AUGUCAUCGACGGCGAGUCCCUCGAGAGUCUUUCUGGUCACGGGCGCCAAUCGCGGCAUCGGAUAUGGGAUUGCGCGCCGAUUGGCCGUCCAGACGGCAGCCACUGCCUCUAGUGGAGGAGGGCCGCCCUCGACGAUCUACCUCACCUCGCGUGAUCUGCAGCGCGGCCAGCAGGCCCUCGAGGCGCUCCGAUCCGAGCUCAAGGGCCAGGACGUCCUGCAGGGCGACGGCGCGGGCACCUCGCAGCUCGAUGUCCUCGAGCUCGAUGUCACCUCGGCCCAGUCGCGGCGCGACAUGAUUGCCGAGCUGCAGCGUCGGCAGGGCGCCCAGCACGCCGUGCUUGACGUCCUCGUCAACAACUCUGGCAUCGCCCUCGAUGGCUUCAACGGCGACGUCGUCACCAAAACGUUUGGAACAAACUACUACGCCGUCAAGGAUCUCGUCGAGGACGUGAAAAAGUCAGGCAUCCUUAAGCGCGACUCGAGAAUCGUCGUGCUGGCAAGCAUGGCGGGCAGGCUCGACGGAUACAAGCCCGAGCUGGCGAAGCGGUUCAGAGAGGCAAAGACGGUCAAGGAGGCGGACGCCAUAGCGACGGACUUCAAGCAAGCCGUCGAUGCCGGCAAGGAAAAGGAGCAGGGCUUCAAGAGCGCCGCGUAUGCCACCUCCAAGGCCUGCAUCAUUGCAUGGACACGGGCCAUCGCCAACGAAUGGGCAGCGGAAAAGGCGACCACGACAAUCAACUGCUGCUGCCCUGGUUAUGUCAACACGGACAUGACAAAAGGCCGAGGCGCGUUGACGCUCGACCAGGGCGCAAGGACGCCCGUGCUGCUCGCCCUUGCCGACGAAGUAAAGGGAAGGUCUGGCGAGUACUGGGCAAACCAAAAGAUGGAGCGAUGGUAG